AACAAGUCCUCUCGAACCAAGUUUGACUUGACCCCGGAACUCUCCGUCCGUCUCAGAAGGUUCUCUCUUAAGGUUUGCACUAAACGAUUCUUCUCCUUCGCCGCACACACCUUCUCCUCCGUCUGUAAUCCUUCGAGACCUUUGACAUAGCUAUGAUCGUGGGUUAAUGGCGAUUUCUGAAUCCAACCCUGACUCAAAUCUAAGGAUCCAAGCUGGAGAUGAAUGGCAAAAGCUUCUUCUAUUCGCCAAUUCGUCACAUCCAGAUUCAUCCCCCGCGUUCCGGGUCUGCUUAAAGGUUUCAAACUUGUUGAAGACUCUAGUACUAUCUUACACCUCUUCCAAGUCCACGCGAGGCUUAUCACCUCUGGUAACUUCUGGGAUUCCUCUUGGGCUAUCAGAUUGUUGAAAUGUUCUUCGCGUUUUGGCGAUUCCAGCUACACCGUUUCGAUAUUCCGCAGCAUUGGGAAGCUUUACUGCGCAAAUCCCGUCUUUAAGGCGUAUUUGGUCUCUUCUACUCCGAAACAAGCGUUGGGGUUUUACUUCGAUAUACUGAGAUUUGGUUUUGUUCCUGAUUCUUACACCUUCGUUUCACUGAUUAGCUGUGUCGAGAAGACUUCUUGCAUUCAUUCUGGCAAAAUGUGUCACGGGCAAGCCAUUAAGCAUGGAUGCGAUCAAAUUUUGCCUGUUCAGAACUCGUUAAUUCAUAUGUAUACUUGUUGUGGUGCUUUGGAUCUUGCGAAGAAGCUGUUUGUUGAAAUUCCUAAGAGAUGUGUUGUGUCCUGGAAUUCUGUAAUCUCUGGGGCUGUGAGAAAUGGUGAUCUUCUGUAUGCGCACAAGUUGUUUGAUCAAAUGCCUGAGAAGAACAUGAUUUCUUGGAAUAUCAUGAUUAGUGCUUAUUUGGGUGCCAACAAUCCCGGAGUUUCCAUUAGUUUGUUCCGUGAGAUGGUUAAUUCAGGGUUGCAAGGAAAUGAGAGUACCUUGGUUUUGUUGUUGAAUGCUUGUGGUAGAUCAGCUAGACUUAAGGAAGGUAGGUCGGUUCAUGCUUCAUUGAUAAGGAUCUUGCUGAAUUCCAGUGUAGUUAUUGAUACGGCUCUGAUUGACAUGUAUGGAAAGUGCAAGGAAGUAGAUUUAGCACGUAGGUUAUUCGAUAGUGUAUCUCGUAGGAACAAAAUUACGUGGAAUGUGAUGAUAUUGGCACAUUGUCUCCACGGGAAUCCUGAAGAUGGACUUGAAUUAUUUGAAGCCAUGAUCAAUGGUAUGCUCAUACCUGAUGAAGUAACAUUUGUUGGUGUUCUCUGUGGUUGUGCUAGAGCUGGGCUUGUGUCUCAAGGAAAAAGUUACUACACCCUGAUGGUUGAUGAGUUCGAGAUCAAACCAAACUUUGGACACCAAUGGUGCAUGGCUAAUCUUUACUCCAGUGCUGGAUUCCCUGAAGAAGCGGAAGAAACUCUGAAGAUUCUGCCAGAGGAAGAUAUGACACCAGAAUCUGCAAAAUGGGCUAACUUGCUCAGCUCAUUGCGUUUCACAGGAAAUCCGUCUCUAGGGGAGAGCAUUGCCAAGUCCCUCAUAGAGACGGAUCCUCUAAACUACAAGUAUUACCAUUUGCUGAUGAACAUCUACAGUGUUACUGGACGGUGGGAGGAUGUUGAUAGAGUGAGGGAGGUAGUGAAGGAAAGGAAGAUAGAACGAAUACCUGGGUGUGGUCUUAUGGAUUUGAAGGAGAUAGUCCAUGGACUAAGAAUAGGAUGCCAAGAGGCAGAAAAUGUGAUCACCGAGACUAGUUUAGAAAAAUCAGUGAUUUACUGACACAAUAAGCUAGCCCCCUAGUUAAAGCAUACGGGAUUGCACCUUUGCCAGAUCCUCCACAGGCUAUAUGAAGUCGUAAAUUGAAAGCUGUCUUGGCAAUGAGCAUGAGUUGAUCUGUUAAGAGUAGUAAAAUUCUGAUUUAGAAUAGAAAGAGGAGAAAGUUAUGGUUUCUCAGAUUGUAUCUGAUCCUGUUUCAUUUUGGUGUCUUUUUUUUGGGGUCAGAUUUGCCAAUUCUUAGAUUUGAGAAAGAUUUUUUUUUUUGUAACAAAUCAAUGUGAAGGCAAAAAGAGUGAUCUGAAUCAUGUGAUCUAUUUAAGAAACAACUAUAUCCUCGUC